AGUGAAGACUAUCCCUUCUCUAGAUAUGGCAGAUAUGAAUGAAACCAAGUUCCCAUUGCCCGUGGAUUCCGAGCACAAGGCGAAAGUCCUCAAAAUCACCUCCUUCGCGCAGCCCCACAUGCGAUCCUUCCACCUCGCCUGGAUCUCCUUCUUCACCUGCUUCGUCUCCACCUUCGCCGCCGCGCCCCUCGUCCCCAUCAUCCGCGACAACAUCAACCUCAGCCGCGCCGACAUCGGCAACGCCGGCGUCGCCUCCGUCUCGGGCAGCAUCUUCUCCCGCCUCAUGAUGGGCGUCGUCUGCGACCUCAUCGGGCCCCGCUACGGCUGCGCCGUCCUCAACCUCCUCGCCGCCCCCGUCGUCUUCUCCACCGUCUUCGUCUCCUCCCCCGCCGGCUACGUCGCCGUCCGCUUCAUGACCGGCUUCUCCCUCGCCACCUUCGUCUCCUGCCAGUACUGGACCAGCGUCAUGUUCAACAGCUCCAUCAUCGGCACCGUCAACGGCGUCGCCGGCGGCUGGGGCGACAUGGGCGGCGGCGUCGCCCAGCUCCUCAUGCCAUUUCUAUUCCACCUCAUCAAAAUCUCCGGCGCCACCCCCUUCACCGCCUGGCGCAUCGCCUUCAUGAUCCCCGGGUGGUUCCACGUCAUCAUCGGGGUCAUGGUCCUCACCAUGGGCCAAGAUCUGCCGGACGGCAACCUUAGCACUCUUCAGAAGCGAGGCGAUGUCGCUAAAGACAAAUUCUCUAAGGUAUUGACUCAUGCGGUCACAAAUUAUAGAACAUGGGUUUUCUUCAUGCUCUAUGGCUUCUCCAUGGGAGUUGAGCUUUGCAUUAACAAUGUCAUUGCAGAGUACUUCUACGACAGGUUUAACCUGAAGCUACACACCGCGGGCGUAAUCGCGGCCACGUUCGGGAUGGCGAAUUUCUUCGCGCGGCCGUUUGGGGGGUACGCCUCGGACGUCGCGUCGAAGAGGUUCGGGAUGAGGGGGAGGCUGUGGAUCCUAUGGAUAUUCCAAACCCUAGGAGCGGUUUUCUGCAUCUGGCUCGGCCGGUCCAACUCGCUCGCGAUGGCGAUCGCGUCCAUGAUCCUCUUCUCCAUCGGGGCGCAGGCCGCCUGCGGGGCCACCUACGGCAUCAUCCCCUUCGUGUCCCGGAGAUCGCUGGGGCUGAUCUCCGGGCUCACCGGGGCCGUGUUGGUCAUUCCAAAGUAG